AUGGCGGCUGCUGAUAGACAACAUAUUUAUCAAACUAUUCAAACAAGUCUUACCCAUAUUCCAUCAUAUAUUGGACAGGAACCACCAGAUGAUUAUUGUAAUAGAAUUGAAACAGCCAUCAGCUAUACUGAUACAAUGAUUGCUGAUGCUAAUACUGCAAAUGCCAAUACUUUUAUUGAUGCACAUAAGGCAGAUAUUUAUAAAUUGAAAAUGACAGGAAAGUAUUUACCAGUUCCACCUCAACAUGCAGAAAAUAAUAUUAAUACUCCAGCUCACUUUAGAGCAUGGCUUGGAGAUACCUAUCUACAAAGAACAGUUGGUACUCGCCA